AAUAAAUUGAAAACAUGAGAAUGCCGCCUCUUCAACCUCGGUAGGGCUUUUGGUAGCAAGAUAGAGAUGAUUCAUCCUGGCCUGUGGAGCGAGAGCGAAGACGAAGAAGAGUUGAUGGCGGGGACGGCGAGGGAGCGUGAGGAGCGUCGGCAGCGAAUUGCCGUGCUGCUGGGCUCCAUGCUGGAGCUGGUGACCAAGAUGGUAACGUGGGUGGUGAGCAGUCACAGGGAGGAGAUGAGCGGCAGGGUGGCGGCGCUUUGGUGGCAUAUACAGGCGCUGCAGGGCGUGGCGGUUGCGCAGCGGGGGGCCAAGCGCAGGCGGGUGGAGAAGGAGUGGUGGGUGAAGCCACGACUGCUCGAGUGUGACAAGUUUGUGGCGGGCAGGCUGGACGCCGACAGCUCGCGGCGGCUGUUCAACAUGAGCCCGGGGACUUUCGAGUGGCUGUGCAGCGAGCUAGCACCGCUGGUACACAAGAGCGACACCAACUUCCGAAGCAGCAUCCCGCCGCGCAAGAGGAUCGCCAUCGCCAUUCACAGGCUGGCGGCGGGGUCGUCCUACGUGGAGGUGUCCAAGAUGUUCGCGGUGGGCGAGGCGACGGUACUCACGUGCACGCGGGAGGUGUACGCGGCGCUGUCCACCGCCUUUGGCUCGGUGCUCGCCUUCCCCACGGAUGCCGCGGCGCUGACAAGGGUGGCGCGCGGCUUUCACAACCUCAUGGCCCUGCCAAACUGCUGCGGCCUCCUCACGGUGCUCCACCUGCGGAUCAGGCGCCCCUCGGGCCCCUGCGGCUCCAGCUACCUGGACCACAACACCAACUUCAGCAUCGCGGCACAGCUGGUGGUGGACGCGUCCAUGCGCAUCCUCAACAUUGCCGUCGGCUUCCCGGGGGGCGUCCACCAUGCCAAGAUCCUCAAGCAGUCUGGGCUGUUUGCCAAGCUACGGGACGGCCUGCUGCUCACGGGAGGCUGCUGCGGCCUCAUGGACUUGUCCCGAGCAACACCCGUCAGCAUUCCCCAGUACCUGGUGAGCAGCAACACCAGCUACCCGUUGCUGCCGUGGUUGAUGCUGCCCUACCACCUCCACGAGGGGGACGAGACGAGGGGCGCAAAGGCCGAGUUCAACGACAGGCUCCUCCAGGCGGCGGCGGUGGGGGAGGACUUGUUCGGGGCGCUCACCAACUGGGGCGUGCUGGCCAAGGUUAUGAACGUGGACGUCCACACGGCUGUGGAGCUGGUUGUGGCUUGCGCCAUUCUCCACAACGUGCUGCUGGGCCGCCACGACUCCGACCACGCCUGCGACGACGACGACGUGCCGCUGGUGGAGGCGAGCACGGGCCAACACCACGACGGCGACGACGCGCAACACAUCCGCGACGCCCUCGCUUGUCACUGCGUCUACUCCUAGCUAGGGUUUUGUGCGACAGCUUAGG